AUACUUACAUCAUACGAACUCUCUGAGACCAUCAACGACCAAUCGAUAGAACAUGAGUCUGAGUAUGACCAAGGGGAGGAUGAAAUUGUUUAUGACAAAUCUGAAGCACCCGAAGUAUAUGCUUCAGAGUAUGCAGAGGAAGGACAUUAUGAAGGCAAUGAUCCUGAACUGACAGAAGACCAAAUAGAGUAUGGGGAAGAGCCUGGAGAAGAAGAUGAAGUGCUAGACCUUGAAAUCAAUGAACCCCUAGAUGAAUUUCCAGAUGAAGAUUACAUGCAAUCAUAUAACGAGCAAGCAAUGGAAGAACAAGAAGAAUAUACAGCUGAUGAGGACCUGGAAGAAUCCCAGACAAUAACAAAUGAAUCAGAAGAGGCAGCUAUUGAAUCUCUGGAACUUCAAGAAGAAACAAAAGAAGAAUCUGAUGAAGAGGAGGAUGAUGAUGAAGAGUCUGGACGAUUACGUUUCAAAACUGAACGGAAAGAAGGAACGAUAAUUAGGCUCUCAGAUGUGACAAGAGAAAGGAGAAACAUUCCAGAAACUUUGGAACUUUCUGCAGAAGCCAAAGCAGCAUUACUUGAAUUUGAAGAGAGGGAAAGGCAGCUUAAACAGGGACGGUACGGCUCAAGGAGAGGUGGGCGAAGAGGAGGCUCGGUUAUGUGCCACGGAAUGGGAGAACAAAGGAGAGACAAUAAUGAUAGGGGAAGAAUGAAGGAUCACAGGCCUGCGCUGCUGCCAAACCAGCCAUCGACAAUGACUCAUUCACAGAGGUUAAUUCCAACACACCAGCAACCUGUUAGGAGUCUGUUCCAGCAACAACAACAACAGCAGCAGCAGCAACAGCAGCAGCAGCAGCAGCAACAACAGCAGCAGCAGCAACAGUUACAAUCUCUGCUUCCUUUACAGCAUCAGCAUCAUUCUUCUCCUCCUCCAGGGCUACAUAUGCCCCCUCAGAUAGAAACACCUAGAAUAAUGAUGACUCCACCUCCAGUGACACCUCAGCAACCGAAGAACAUACACAUAAAUCCGCAUUUCAAGGGGACAGUAGUGACGCCUGUACAAGUGCCCUUGCUGCCAGUUCCAGCCCAGCCAAGACCUGCUGUAGGACCCCAGAGAUUUCCUGGCCCUCCAGACUUUCAGCAGCACACACCUGGACCAGUUCCUACCAACUUCUCCCAAGCCCCAAGGCUGCCAAUCCAGGACCAGUGGAGAGGGCCACCACCACCGCCACCACCACUCCCUCCUCCGCCUCCUCAGGAAAGAGAUCCUUUCUUCUUAGCAGAUCCAAGGUUUCCAAGCCAUCACUUGUUUGAGCAGCGAAGCCCCCCACCACCGCCGCCUCCACCGCUUCUCAAUAGCGCGCAUCCUGUCCCUGCCCAAAAUCCGAUGCCGUUCAGCCAGCCCGGGACAGCAUUUAAUCAGCAGGGACAACAACCGGUGUUUCCCAGAGAGCGGCCGGUACGGCCGAACAUGCAGCCUCAAGGUCCUGUGGGAAUUCUCCACUUCAACCAGCCGGGUUCAGCAAACCCGCGGCCGUUCAUGCCUCCGAGGCAGCAGUUCCUGCAGGCUCCGGGACAGCCCUUCCUCGCCGCACACACGCAGCCCAGCAUGCAGGGUCCCUUGCAUCCUCCAUUACAGCCUCAGCCACAACCUCAGCCUCAGCAGCACCAUCCCCAGCAGCAGCAGCAACAGCAGCAGCACCAUCACCAGCAGCAGCAGCAGCAACACCAUCAUCAUCUCCAAGGGCCACCACAGCCCUUGAUGCCCAUGAACCAACCACAGUUCAGGCCUCAUAUGCAGGCCACGCAGCAGCAGCCAAAUAACAACAGGAUGCAGUGUCAGCCGCGACAGGGUCCAAUGAAGCCAAGACAUAAUACACCGUCACAAAAUAUUGUCAAGCGUCCAAAUCAGCAGCUACAGUCAACUGCUCCAAGAAAUAGUAACUUGCGUGAGUUGCCAAUAGCACCAUCACAUGCUAUGGAAAUGAGCAACAACAGGCGAACCUCUACCCCAGCUGCUCAGGUCAAACCCAUUACCAGCACGAUGUCUGCCACCAAGUCUGUAGCUGGUGUUGGAAACUCACAGGGAAGGCCUGAGAUGAAAGCUAAAGCAAUCACACCAGUGGGCCAAGCAAAAUCAGAAGUAAAAUCUGAACCAGAGUAUCCAGACGAAGAUGAAGAAACUAGAUUGUAUCGUUUGAAGAUAGAAGAGCAGAAGCGUCUAAGAGAAGAAAUUCUGAAACAAAAGGAGCUGAGACGGCAGCAGCAGGCUGGUGCUAGAAAGAGAGAAUUACUCGAAAGACUUGCGCAGCAGCAGCAGCAGCAGCAACCUUCUACGCAACAGUCCUACAUGCAGCAGGAAGACGACUCCUCUGAGUUCCCCACCAAUGGCAGCCCCUACAUACCCCACUCUGGCUUACAGACCAGGCAAAAUGUGAAAAACAGACUCCUUGUUAGAAAGCAAGAUAUGGUAGUUCCAAAUAUCCAACCCAAACCCACAGAUUUCCCACAGGUCGGGGCGAAUAUGCAGUAUCAAGGACAGCAGAUGAAGCCAGUGAAGCAGCUGAGGCAGACUAGGACAGUACCUUCGAGUCAGCCUCAGGCGCCGCAGAAAGUAUUACAGACAAAACCUGCUGCAGCAUCGCUGCCCACGACACAGACUGCUCGAGUGGCUUCGGCACAAGCAAGGCCCCAGGAACUGAAACCUGGCAUGAAAAGGACUGUCAUGCAGCGGACAAACAGUGGUAGUGGAGAUGGGCCCCAUGUCGGCAGCAAAGUCAGGGUGAUUAAGUUGUCAGGAGGGGUCAUUAUGCACGGCAGAGGCAGAGGAGUAGCAGGCCAGAUGGGCCGAGGACGCUUGAUGCCAAAUAAACAGAACCUGCGAGUGGUGGAGUGCAAACCUCAGCCCUGUAUUGUGUCAGUUGAAGGGCUUUCUUCAUCAACUACUGAUGUCCAACUGAAAAACCUGCUGAUGUCAGUGGGACCCAUUCAGAGUUUACAGAUGCUUCCUCAACAACGGAAAGCCAUAGCGAAAUUUAAGGAGCCAGCACAUGCUUUAGCAUUUCAACAGAAAUUCCACAGGCACAUGAUAGAUCUGUCCCACAUAAACGUGGCACUGAUAGUUGAGUGAUGUCUGCUGAGAGAAACCCUGACACUAACAGAAGCGUACUGUGGAGCUACACAAGACACAGUGGCAAAACCAUCGGGUCGUGAAACCUUUCAGCUUAGUCUUUAAUUGCUAUGUUGAACUACAGAAAGCAGCAAGAUGUCCUCCGGAAGAGCUGAACUUGAGAGGCUCUGCAAAGGUGGAAUUUCUGUUCGGUUUGUUCACGUUCUGUUGUAACCACGUGGAACUACAGAUUUUUUUUUUUUCAAAAUGCUUUCAAUGCACGUAGACACUGUUCUUCAAGAUCCUACUGUGUGACCACAGUGACUUGAGGGAGAACGUUUACAUUGAAAGAUUUAAAAACUUUCUUCAUAGCAAAGAAUAUUUGAUAAUGGUUGCUCUUAUCUUCAGUGCGAGGUAUUUGAAUGAAAACUCACUUUUCUAAACAAAACACAUUAGUUAUGUUGUAUAUCUGAAAGCACAGAAGGUAUUCUUGCAUAGAUUUAAACGUGGUCUACUUCACUGAAUAGCGGUAUGCUGAGAAGCUUUGGAGGUGACACUGGAAAAUUGUAGUUUUGAUCUUUGUAAAUAUGUUAAGUCUGACUUUGCGUUUUUCUAUUCCGACACAGACUUCCAUCUUCUCCUUCCAACUCCACUUAUUCCAUAAAACCCUGUGUAGGAAUAACAUUGCUGUAUUUUCCCUUGGUUUUUAAAAACAGGGAUCUUUGCCCUUCAGUAGCAUCAUGGGGUAGUGAACUCCAAGUUGUAACUAGGUUGUUUUAAAUGACGUUGCCAGAUACAAGGAAAAAGAAAUAUUUAGUGGCUCACUUCGAAAAUGUUACACAGGAAGAGUGACGCAUUCCUAAUAGUUCUUUUGGGCUAGCGUUUCAUGAUUGCCUUAUGCUUUAUUUUGAUUAGUUUUUUUCUUUGAGAUUUAUUUUGUGAUUAAUGCUGAACCAUAAGAAACCCAUAACUGAAAGGACUUGGUUUGAUGUGUUGUUCCCAAUAAAUACAGGUCUAUUAGGACAUUGUGAAUCUGCUGGUGAACGUGGCAGUUCCCAAAAAUUACGUGCAAACAUUAAGGAGCUUAUAUGUUAUUCAAAGUAAAAUCCAUAAUGUUUCCUUUUGGUUAGAACCAUCUAGAUGGUGUUGCCAAAGGAACAAUUUUUUCAAUUACUUCUGAAUAAACUUAUUAAAAUGUCAUCUUUAUAUUGGAUUCCAGUUUUUAUGAACACUUCCUCAGUUUUUAGACUGUGAGCUUUUGCUUCAUCCUUUAUUUUAGGAGUACUCUUAAGCACUCCACCUACAAUUUGAAUGGGUGGACUUACAGAUACCUUAUAGGUUUGUUACCUGAGUGACCGCAGAAGAACACUAUUGGUAUGUAAUGCAACAGCUGCGAAUGGGGUCCAAAAUAGGCAUGCCAAGCGUGGAAGGAUGAACUAAGCAAGUUUAUAGUAGUGUAGAUUUUUUUUUUUUUUAAGAUUUGCUGGUAACCAAGUCAAAGACUUAACUGGCUUUCUUACAGUUUUGGUCCAGAUUUUCAAUUAAGUAGAAGUUACCAAAAAUAAUGGUUGAAUAAUAAAUACUGUCAAAAGCCUUCUAGAUAGAACAGCUCUUUGUUCAAUGAAAUAAUAGAGAAUAAUGUGGUACUUUGGAAAUAUUGCACUGGGAAAAAAUGUAAAGAAUACUCUAAGCCCAUUUACAACUUAGUGACGAGACUCAGUAACAUCAUGAGAAUUUUUGCAUGGAAGCGAGUUUUACACCCGUCUGUGUAGUUCCCCAUUUAUGCAUAAUACUUAAUAAUAUCCAGCACAAUUACUAUAUGUAAAGUGCUAUUAGUGCUUCAGGGUAAGACCCAAGCGCAGGACAGAGGAUGAGCCGCAGGUAGGAAGUGCCCAGUGGGAGCCGACCCUGAAGACUCUUGUGAGCUGAUCGCAGUGACUGGCUCUGCCACGUGCUGUUUAACUCCUCACACCGUGAGCAGUAGGACCCCUACGCUGCCUCCUCAGGUUGUGUAAUUUUUGUUUUUAAGAAAUAAGUGCUUACCUUUAACACAAGUCAUUAAACAGUUAUUCAUCCCACUGUUAGGGAGCAGCUUCUCCGCAAUGAGAAGGAUGGGAAGGCAUCUCGGAGUGGAGCGAUAAUAGUGCGUGUCUGGAAAUCUGGGUUAGAUGCAAAUGCCAGACAGACCAGCAGCUGAGUUCAGCAGUAGGAACAUCUGCAGUUGAUCAGCUGUCCUGUCAGAAGCAAACGUUAUUGGGGUUAGAGGGUUUCUUGGAGCCUAAGAAUAUGGGUUUGAUUCAAAAGUCAAAGAAGUUUGUAGAAACGCUCCUGCUUUGGGUUUUGAAUCCAUCCCAAAGAGGCUGAGGUUCAGCCAACUUAAGUUUUAACAAUUUUUAUUCAGUUGGGUUUUUUUAAAAAAAAUUUUUUGAGACAAACGUGUGGCUUUGGAAUAAAGACAUGAAAUCGCCUCAGAUCUGUUUAAAUGUAGGAGGCAAUGUAAGCAAUGCCUGUUUAAUGACUAGAUGCAUCCUCUUUAACGGCGGUUGCAGUAGAUUAUUGCUUGUGCAUAGACAGAGUACGGGCGGAUCGCUGGUGGUGAUUUUAGCUGCUUAUUGCAGUACCUGGGUAUCUGACUAUAUGUAAACUUACUAUAUGUAUGUAUGUCUAUAUGCAUUUUAUUAUACACAUACAUACAUACUCACACCCUUUGUUGUCACCGUAUCUCUCUAAUAUCUUAAACUCAGUAGCAAAAGUAGCAAUUAGGUGAGCCAUUUGUUAAAAUGUUUGUUUUGUUAGUUCUCAAAUCCUAACUUAAAAGUGGAUCUCUUGGCAAUGAUCAGUUUGGAUGAUACAGCUCUUCUAGAUCCAUUUGUUGUCUCCUCCCAAAAAAACCCAAAGGAAGUAGAGGUAAAGCUAGGCAGACGUGUUCUUGCCAUGUUCUCUUUCAGCACAUAGUUAAAUCUGAGCAUCUUAAGUUAACUUUCUUGGAAGAUCUGUUGCAACCAUUAUCUUGUUCUUUCUUUAUAUCAUGCAUUCAAAAUACGAUGCAAAAUGCAAAAAAAAAAAAGGCAUUUAAUGUAAUAUGUAAAUAUUGACCUUUUAAAAUUAAAAUGUUACUCAAAAUGCUUACAGUCAACCACAUCUUAGCUACUUGUUAGUUUUUUGUGUUGUCUUAUCUAAGUUUAAUGGAUACAGUUCCAUAAAUGUUGAUGUGUUUUUGUGUAUAUCUUCAAAUUUUUAUAAAGAUGCUAGUAAGUCAAUACAUAUAUCCUGAUCUGUGUAUUAUUUGUUCACAGUUUUUAUUAGCAUAAUUUUAUAAUGAUUUUAAUAGGCAACUCCAGUAGGUGAUUAUAUGGAGCCAACUUUUUUUUCCCAAAUUAUUUUGUUUUCAUCUUGUAGCACUGGAGAAUUCACUUUAUAACUAAUCAUAUUUUGCCUUGACUAAAAGAUUGGAUUGGCCAUAUGAUCUGUGGUAUUUUAGUAGAAUGUUCUACUUUUUUUUUAUUAAAAAAAAAAAAAUCUCUGUCCUUUAACUUUUGAGGGGAAAUACAGUGCACUGUCAGACCAAGGCAUGGGGUUUCUAGGUUUGUUCCAUUGUGCUGUACCAGUACAAAUUAGGUCUGUCGUGUAAUAUUGUUCUCAAAAGUUUGGGAUAUUUUGGUUUUACACAUAACUCAAGUUGGUCAUGUAACACGUUGGUUCAUCACAAUGUUAGCAACUGAUGUGGCACAUAUACUGUAUGAUGCAACGAUGUGCAGUGUUCAAAAAGCUCGGUAUAAUUGGUGCUAGGCAGGAGGAGGACAGGUCCGUAGCAUCUUCAUAGCUGGAGGAGCUGCCAUGCAAAUGUUUAUCUCUAAGUAGUGGUAGAGAAUAAAUUUAGACAGGGAUAUUGUUCUUGGCCUACAUACAUCUCCAGUAUGACUUUGGGAAAGAAGAGUAAAUACUGGCACCCCCUCUGUAAAGUAUCUUCAGAUACCUAGUGUAUUCCCCAGUUUAAAUCUGAAAAUUCACUUCAGAUUUCCAAA